AAUCGGACCGUCGUACGUCGCACGAUGAUGUACAAUGUACCAUUCGUCCCCGACUGCAGGUCAACGCCAAUUGCCCCAUUCCAAAGGUGUAGUUAUUGUCUCGUCCAUCAGGGAGGAUCGCGGCGACACAACAACCUGUGCACACUGAAACACACCCUGAACGUCCACUCCUGUCAGCAUGCCGUCUGGGGCCUCGUCCAAGCAGCAGCAGAGUACAACGCCCAUCACCACUGAGGCGUCCGCCCGCGAUCCACACCGUGCAAUGGCUAUGCUGCGUGAGAAGGUCGCGACCAUCUCCGAUCCGAAAGAGCGUGAGCGUGUCGUGAAAGAGGCGUACCGGAAAGAGGUUGAAGCUCAUGGCGAGAGCAAGUUUGCGAAGAUGAUCCAGUCUGGUGCAUGGCAGGGCCUGGCAGCUGGAGGGGGCAUUGGCGCGGGUGUUGGCAUCGGACUGGGAACAGUGGUUGGGACUGUGGUAGGUGGAGUCGUCUCAAUACCUACGACCGCUCUCGGAGGUCUCAUUGGGAGCGGUGUUGGUGCCGUUCAUGGUCCGUGGAUCAAGAUUCCCAAGGGUGGA